GCAACAAACUGUGAGUAGUGAGCACCUUUUACCUCAUCAUUCCCUCUCUCUCUCUUUUUCUCUUUUAUUUACAAUGCUUCCUCUGCUUCUUGUUACUCAUCACCACCACUAAGAACAACUUGACAACAAAAAGACUUGUCACUUGUCGAUGGAUUUUGACCUCGAAAACCCUCUUGGAAACUUCCACGACCUUCCCUGCGACGCUGUCCCUUCCCUCUUCCUCCUCGAAUCCGACCACAUCCCACCACCCAAUUACUGUCACAGUCUCAAAGCCAGCGACUUCGACAUCUCCGUUAGAAGAGACGUCGUCUCUUUCAUCUCACAGUUGUCCUGCACCUUCGAUCCGGUUCUACCUUACUUAGCUAUCAACUACUUGGAUCGCUUCCUCGCUAACCAAGGAAUAUUGCAAUCAAAGCCAUGGGCAAACAAGCUUCUUGCAAUCUCUUGCUUUUCUCUAGCUGCCAAGAUGUUGAAAACAGAGUACUCUGCCACUGAUGUCCAGGUUCUUCUGAAUCAUGGUGAUGGCGGUGCCAUUUUUGAGGCACAAACAAUACAAAGAAUGGAAGGUAUUGUCUUGGGGGCUCUCCAGUGGCGAAUGCGUUCGAUCACACCCUUCUCUUUCAUUCCCUUCUUCAUCAAUUUGUUCAGGCUCAGAGACCCUGCAUUGAGGCAGGUUCUGAAGGAUCGAGCUUCUGAAAUUAUACUAAAGUCACAAAGAGAGAUAAAGGUCUUGGAAUUCAAGCCAUCAACAGUUGCUGCGUCAGCCCUUCUGUAUGCUUCACAUGAGUUGUUUCCCUUUCAAUAUCCGUGUUUCUUAAGAGCAAUAUCCGAUUGUUCAUUUGUUAAUAAAGAAACUGUGGUGCAUUGUUAUAAUGUGAUACAAGACAUAACCAGAGAGGAGUACGAAUCUGAAUCUGCGUUGAAUAUAAUUUCAACUUCAGACACACCAGUUAAUGUUUUAGACGAACAUUUUGUGAGCUUGGAAAGUGAGAAAACCAACAUUAUGAUACAAGAGCAGGACUUCAAGAGAAGGAAAAUCACCACCGAUUAUGGUAACAAACGCACGGUCCCGUUUUCUCAUUUUCAUCAAUGCUGAAGUACCAGAACACAAGAAGACCACAUUUAAUCCUAUGGUCCAUUAUCAUCUUGUGGCGGUUUACCUAAAAAAAAUGUGGAGAAAACACAGUAAUAGGAGGAAAUAGUGAUGGACUGAGAAUGUGAAGAGAAGAAAUGGAUCAAUAGUUAAUGGGCAAAAUCACUGUAACGUGAUCCUUGUACGGCCUUCAUUAAAUUUGUUGGUUGAGCAAAGGAGCAGAAGAUAAGAUGGGAUUUUUUUUUUGUUUCCUAAGAGAGCAAACAAAAAGACAAAACGUGACUUUGAAUUGUAGGGUUGAAUUUUAUUUUUAUUUUUAUUUUUAUUUUUUGGUUUUUUUGUAGUCAAGUGUUGUUCUGUCUCUUAGCUUCUGGCAAAGGAAUAAUCACAAUAGUAAUAGUGAAGCAUGAAACCAAUUUUCUUGGAAAAUAAAAUAAAGUACUUUUAUGUA